UGGAAAAACAUUCAAGUACAUAAUAAACCGCCCAGAUCCCCUACUGCCCAAACGGUCUGGUUAUUUCCCUCCUAUCCUCAACCUGCCUGUGAUCACGACCUCUGACGACUCUCUUUUCCGUUUUCUCCCUUCCUUUGACCCUCAUCGUUUUGAUCUUCUUCCUCCGCCCCUUCGUUUACUUUCUCCCCGACCUCUUCGCUCUUUCCCCCUUCCCUUCUUCCUGGCUCUCCCACCCCUUCAUCCGCCGUAACGACGCUUUCGGUCGCCGGAUGCCUAACCGUCGUCCUCUCUUUCCUCCUCCCCCUCCUCCCUGGCUGUGAACCCCCCUCCCCCUCGCGUCCAUGAUUCCAUGAUUCCAUGAUCACCCACUGUCCUCGUUGUUUUUUUGGCCCUGGUGGUACAUUGCCCUCCUCUCCACCAGGCGUGAUCUCCGUCGCCUUUUGGUCUUGCACCGAUUACCGGUCUGAUCUUGCCAAAUUUCCCCGGAUAGUCUGGUCCCAUGCAGGCUUCACCGAGUUCCCCUGAGGCUGGUGGAGGAUACGCGACGCGGAGAGGCCAUGUGCCUCAGUUGUCGAUUAGUGACCCAAGCCACCAUGUUACAGAGGCUAUUGGCCACAUGUAUGACGAUGACUACGACCAGCGGGAUUCCAGGCGCCUCAGCUAUAUUUCCUCCCCAUUGAGCGAAUCCAUCUCGAUCGUUCCCCAGAAUCGUCCUGCCUCUGGGUCCUCAUCCUCCUCAAAUACCUUGCAGGUGCAGAAUCAUCUAGAUGGAGGAAAUCACCCGCACGUCAACGGCCAGACCCGGCCUUCUGUUCCUGGAGGCAAGGCUUUGGAUGCUAGCCCAACGACCCCCAGCUCAACCACAUCCCCCAUGUCUCCCGACACUGCAAAUACCUCCUUCCCCCCGAACGAUCUCGACUACGAAUCCAACCCGGCCGCCGUAGCUCAAGAACUUAGCAACCUGGCUGCUAUUCGACGGAUGUCGAUGGAUGUGGCAGCCACUGAUGAUCCCGACCUCCCGAGUUUUGGCAACUUUACUGUCCCAUCGAUUGCACCCUCGCCCUCCGCCGACGAAAAUGAUACCUCUCGAUUAUUCUGGGUCCCUGCUCGUCUACAUCCGGAACUGGCCCCGAAGGAGUUCAAAUCAUUUCUGGAAAGCAAGGCAGAGCAUAUAAAACGCACAUCGGGUGAUUUCUCGUCGCUGAGUCCGGAAGGCCAAGGGGUAAAUGGGUCACUUCGUCGGAAACGGUCCAUGUUAUCUAGGCAGAUUGACAAUCCUCAAGGUUAUACAGAUGGUGCAGAACGGCUGGAACGGAAGCGAUCACAGAAUAAAGAUCAUCUUGGUCCCAGCCUACAAGAGCUGGGGAGUCUGGCUGACGAUUCAGAACAACGCAUUCCAAGCAAUUCCUCUAUCUUGGACGGGGUUCAAAGUCUGCGGAUAUUAACGGAGGAAGAUCGACCGAUUCUCCCCCCCGCACCCCCUGGUCACAGUUUGAGGCGGUCCACGAGAACGCAGUACAGGAAGGCGGGCAGUUUAAGGAAGGGCGAGCGGCCUCCAUACCCUAAACGACUGGGCAGAACAUCCGACACUAGCGAAACGCUGGAGUCCCCAGUUGGCAUCGAUUCGAUGGUCGACCACUCGCAUCCCACAAAGCAAGAUUCGUCCUUAGGAGACGCCGGCGGUCGGGUGGCUGCCCCUGAGCAGUCACACCCACGGCAGUCUCGCGCCAACGCCAAUGGACGGUCGACGUUAUCCACCCAAUACACAGAUCAGAAUAUCCCUGAGAUUGUUGAGACUCCACCGCUCGAGGCCAGCACAGGGUUUUCUUCGCCGUCACAGUCCGCUCAAGACCCUUCUCUACCAGCGCCGAUUAUUCCAGAGCAGAGCGCGGCUCGACGGCCAUCGAACUCUCCUACUCAGCCUAAAGACAUCCCGUCAACCCUUAACGAAAUCGCCAACAACCCCCAACCCCUACCUGGAAACAGCACCCGAACUGACAGUCUUUCAUUCAUCCCAACUUUGUCCGAAGAUCGCAAGGCUGAGUCCAAAAAAUCCAAGGAUAAGAAAGACUCGGAAGGUGGUCGCAAAUCAAGCUGGCACUGGUUCUUGGGAUCCGAAGACAAGGAGAAAGAGAAGGAGAAAGAAAAGAAAAAGGAUAAAGAUAGUGAGCCCAAAAAGAUUAGAAACAAGAUAGCGGACAAGGUGCAGGACACAGCAAAUUCCCUGCAAUCCUCCGUGGAACCUAACCCACGACGUGAAAGUGCUGUGUUUGAUCGACUGGAUCCCAAGUUAGAAGAAGAACGCAAAAAAGACAAUGCACGAAGAUCUUCUGGCGAGUCCAAGAAGGAAAAAGAGUCAGGCCUGUUCUCCUCGAUCUUUGGUGGGGGCAGAAGGAAGAACAGUGAACAUCAUCAUCACCACAAGAAGAGCUUGUCUCGAACUUUGUCCCCUGAUCCGCCAGUCCGGGAGCUUCGACCCGAUAUCGACUAUCCAUGGACUCGGUUCUCAAUUCUGGAAGAAAGAGCCAUUUACAGGAUGGCUCACAUCAAACUUGCAAAUCCUCGGCGCGCUCUGUACUCUCAAGUGCUGCUCAGUAACUUCAUGUACUCCUAUCUAGCCAAGGUCCAACAAAUGCAGCCGCACAUGAUGAUUUCAUCGUCAUCGAAUCAACGGCAACAGAAGGCCAGAGACCAACCUGAUGAAUACCUGCAGUACCAGAAAUAUCAAGAGUACAGCGAUAGUUCCUACGAUGAUCCUCAAAUGUACGAUUAUAAUGAUGAUCCGCACAACCAUUACCAGCAACAUUCUCGAGGCAGUAAACACCAAGGCUACGAAAAUGGAAAUGCAUAUGGUCCGGGACAUUAUCAAUACGGGUCUAUGUCGUUCAGCGACGAUGUUCAGCUAGAUGACGACGACGAUGAUAUGUGGUGACACAGAUCAGGAGUAAUCUUUCCUUUUCCUACUGUUCCUUUUGCUGCCGCGCGCAAAUACCCCUCCCCUUCUUUCUUUUUGUCCAACUGGUUUAAUAUCAGACUCUGUACACUGAUUUUACUUCUUACCUGUCUUGCUUCUCCCCA